AUGGGCCGAAAACGGGAAGAACAAACCACAAUUUGCGCGGUUUGCAGAGGUAAAAGCCAUGUUGCCAGAGUUUGCUUUUCUCGCGCUGUGGAAGAAGUCUCCGUGCAAGGUCCGGAGAAAUGUGGUGAUCUGAUUACACUCAGGUUAAAUAAAGUGUCAGAAGCUCAAUUCCCCGAGCCAGUUGAUAAAAUCGUAGGAGGCCGAGUGGCUGUAGCUGUCCUUUAUGAUGGAAUAGGAACGACCGCUUUAUUGGAUACAGGGGCAAUGGUUAACCUCAUUACAGCGGCCGCCGUCCGAAAAUUGAAACAGAAAUGGGGUGAGAGUUAUUUGAGCUCUAGAAUUACUGAGACAAAUCUGGGCCCUGUUUGCGACAGGUCAGGAAAUACUGUGAUAACAUGCGGACGUGUGAUUAUAAAGGUCAAAUGGCUUAAUGGGGAGAAAGAUGUGGCGUGUUUUAUCCACGAGAACUGCAAGGGAAACGAUGAUUAG